AGCCAAACAGUAGCUCUGCUGUGUGGAGGUUUCUGACACCGAGCUGCCUUUUUUUGCACUGCAGCACAGAGACGAGAUGCACAUACUGUACACCCAGAGGUUACUGCCUGCCUCCCUCCAUGCUAGGGUGGAAUGAUAAUGAGAAAGCAUGCAGGCAGAAUAUUCAUAGGCUGUCACACAUUACUGUGAUUCUUGAAGAGAGGAGAAUGCAUAGGAUAUAUGAGGUGUACAGCAAGAUAUGUAAAGACACUCCACAGACAGGCAGUGCUAAGAUUGCAGCUGGAGCUGUUGUGUGUGUUGAAAGCGAGAUAAGAGGAGAUGUGACCAUUGGUGCUAGAACAGUUGUCCAUCCCAAAGCCCGGAUCAUAGCAGAGGCAGGGCCUAUUAUCAUUGGAGAGGGUAAUCUAAUAGAGGAGCAGGCACUUAUUAUUAACAGUUAUCCAGAGAAUAUCAUGCCAGACACAGAAGGAGUGGAGCCAAAAACCAUGACAGUUGGGACCAAUAAUGUGUUUGAAGUUGGAUGCGUCUCACAGGCUUUGAAGAUUGGAGACAACAAUGUGAUUGAGUCUAAAGCUGAUCUUGGGAGAAACGUGAUCCUGACCAGCGGAUGCAUCAUUGGCGCGUGCUGCCAGGUCAACACGUGCGAGGUCGUGCCAGAGAACACGGUAGUUUACGGUUCAAACUGCAUCCGCCGUGUGCAGAGCGAAAAGCCACAGCCUCAGACUCUGCAGCUGGACUUCCUCAUGAAGAUUCUGCCCAACUAUCACCACCUGAAGAAGACAGUCAAAGGAAACAGCACGCCUGUGAGGAACUGAGAUGGAGUUGGAUCCUUCCGCAACCCAAAGCAUCUGCACAAUUCCCUCAACUUGCACUUGUCUUUCACUUUGGUGUUGUUCCUUAAUGUCUAGUGGAAUACCUCUGACCAUCACACAAUCUACAUUUCUUCCAUUCAUAUGGAAUAUGAAUCAUAUGAGGAAUGCCUCAAUUCUUCAACACGUGUUACAAUUUCUGGUUUUGCACUUUUGCUUUCAGACCAAGACUAUUUAUGAUAUAUUUUGGACCUGAAUUUGAAAAUCCUCUUGUGCCAUUUUUAUGUUAAUCAAUUAUACUCGUAUAUAUUUAUAAUUGUUCCAAUAAAAAUACAAAAAAUAUUGCAAUAAAUAGCAAUAAAGAUUGCAUUUAAGCGUGCAUUCCUCCAAGUGUUGUUUCUACAUUUCCUAUAUUUUAUGACCACAAGGAGGGACUAUUGAGCAACUGUUUGUUUGCCCUCUGUACUGUCAACUCUGAAGGCUUUGUUUCAUCAGGUGAUGCAAAAUAUCCAGUUAAAAUAGCAUUUAUUAAUAAUACACCUAAAAAUAUCUAUAUCAUCAUGUUUUUGAGCUAAAAAAAUAGUCAUAAAAUCAAGUUUAUGGGUCACUGCAUUGGUGACUCUAAGCUGAUUUACCAUUUAAAAAGUGCAAUUAGCAAAAAUGAUGCCUAAAACUUUGGAUGUCUAACAUCUUGGAUUCAGUGGUUGCCAGUCCGGUGCCCUCCCACCAGGUGUUGCCAAAUUGGUGCCGUGGGUACAGUGGGAUUUCCAUACAAAGCGUGGUUCAUUGUGAUUGACACGGGCGUGGUUGCAACGUGCAUUUCUACUGCAGCACGGGCCUGAAUAAUGCCUGGCGCCCCUCCUCCUCAUGUCUGAGCCCCUCGGGUGGUGCUCCCAUCUGUGCCACGGCCACGCGGAUUUGGGUGCGGAUAGGCAUGCGUGGUGGAGACCCAGUAGCAAGACUUGAAACUUGACUUGGACUUGGACAAAAAAUUACUUGUGAGCAUCUCUGUUUUUUAGUUCAAUAAAGUAUAUUUUGUAACUUAUAGCACUUAUAGCCAAUGAUUUAUGUAUAAUUAAAGAGACUUGCUCCG